AUGAUCGGAGUCAUGGGCUCUUAUGCGUAUCCCAGUGCCGACCUGGGCGAGCCACAGGACUGCUACCUCCAUGGUUACAUCAGCUCGGAACUCAUGAAGCAAGCUCGAUCAAGCCCAGAGAAAGGCCUUCCGUUGACGAUUGCCGCCACAAAGAUGGACGGGAUAGUUCUCAGCUUGACACCUAACUCUCACAGUUACAAUUACCGAUCCGCUAUCCUGUUCGGCUAUGGACGGCCCGUAGAAGACCAUGACGAGAAGAUUUGGGCCAUGAACCUGGUCACAGAGUCUGUCAUUGCUGGGCGGUGGAAAGAAACGAGAACCCCACCUGACAACGCUGAGUUGGGAUCGACAGCGAUUUUGAAGGUCCAGGUCGUGAGUGGUAGUGGAAAGAUUCGAAGGGGCCUUCCCCACGAUGAAAAGAAGGACACUGAAAGAGUGGAUGUUACUAGCCGAGUCUGGACGGGAGUGGUGCCGAUGUGGGAGAUGGUUGGUGAACCUGUACCUGGAGGCUCUGGAAGCGUAAACGUAGUGCCAGAUCAUAUCACAGAAUUUCGUGAGCAAACGAACAGCGCGAACAUGACUUAUGCCAAAGAAGCCGCAAAUUCUUAA